CUUGUUUCCUCUCAACCUCGACGCAUGAAAAGGGAUGCAGUGGCUGCGUCCUUAGUUGCUUACUCUGAUUCGGAGUCGGACGUGGAAAAGCCAUCGCCAGAGCCUCCUCCGCCACCUGCUAAGAAGCGGAAGCUCCCAACCCUCUCGAAUACGCUGUCUGGUCCGAAGCAUAUAGACGAUCCGAGUCAACAUCAAGGACGAACUCGCUCCACGCCACACGUGGAUGGACAAUGGGCGACACACAUCUAUGCCCAUGUCCUACCUGACUCAACAUUCGUGAAGCUAGUUCAGCAUAUUAUCGACGCGGCUAGAACGGUGGUUCCUAGUUUGCACUCGCUGGUCUCUCCUGGACAGGGUGAGGACGGCCCCAGUGAACAAGAGCCAGAGCUGCACGUCUCACUCUCUCGGCCCAUAUUCUUGCGCGCAGAGCAGAGGGAGGAGUUCAGGAAUGAGGUCAGGAAGAUCGCCGCGGGCACAUCUCGUUUCGCCGCUUCCUUCGCACGCAUUUCGUCUCUCACCAACGACGACAACACGAGGAUAUUCCUUGUCCUCGAAAUCGGAGCUGGACAUCCCGAGCUAUCCGCCUUCACGAAUGCACUGACGCCCCUCUUGCAAACGAUCCGCCAAAAAGAGUACUAUGCUUCCCCGCGCUUCCAUGCGUCCAUCGGAUGGGCGCUAGAAACAACGCCAACCGGAAGCAAAAUCAGUGCCUUUCCAGAGACGCUCCUACCAAUGCUCAACGAGCGAUACUCCGCUCGGUUGAGCGCGACCAGCAGCAUGUGCGAUAUCGCGGAGGUUGGCGUCAGAAUCGGGAAGAUGGUUACGUUAUGUCCUUUGCAGUAG